CCCUUGUAACUCUACAGCAUCUUCUGGUUUUACUCCCUUCCAAAAAAAAAAAAAGAUGAAGGCUUCAUUCAGUGGAAGCUACGACGUCAACAAUUCCGACGGCACGGGUUCCAUAGUAGUGAACGCCGGCGGCGUCAACUUACAAGCUUCCGUCACUGGUGGCACAUUCUGCAACGGGCCUCUUUUAAACGACCUUACUCUAUCCGUAGAAAGCCCUGGAUCCUUCGUCGUCGAUUAUAUCGUCCCCAAAAAGGAUGUGCGAUUUCAGUUCAUGAAUACAUUUAAGAUUAACGAGAAGCCAUUGAACUUGACGUAUACACACUCGGUAGUUGAGAACACGACAUCAUUGGAUGGUACGCUAGCGUUGAAUUCUAAUCAUAAGGUUUCAGCGAAUUACGGAUUUAAGUCUGGGAGCUGUAAGGUGAAGUACAAUUACAUGCAUGGAGGUGUGACGACUAUUGAGCCUUGCUAUGAUUUUGCUGAGAAUUCGUGGGACGUAGCUGUGUCAAGGAGAGUUGACGAUGACAGUGUGGUUAGGGCUUCGUAUCAGUCGUCCACUAGGGUUUUAGGGUUGGAUUUGACAAGGAAUUCCUCUAAUAAUAGAAGCAUCAAGGUUUCUGCAUCAGUGAAUUUAGCAGAUAAGAAAAAGAAGCCAACCAUAAAAGCCGAAAGCAUCUGGGAUGUCGAGAUUUAAUUGCUCCAAUUCAAGAACAAAAUUUUUGUUAGUAACUACUCGUUUUGCUAGUAUUUAUUUAAAAAAAAAAACUGGUCAAAGUAGUUUUUGUAUAUAUAUCAC